UUUUCGACUAGCUGUGUCCAUACAGCUGCGAGGAUGGCUCAGUUGUUAGAGGCGCUGACUACAGACCCAAGAGUCCGUGGUUCGAGUCUCUGGCAUGACCAAACUUUGACCCAGAUUGGGGAGAGUCGCCAGCUCUCUGUAAUUCCAGCCGUAGGAAUCACGAGGUGUGGUCACAUUGAAAGGAAGGACCAGGACACUGCUCAUUAAGCGUAGCUUAUCAGUGUCCUAAAAAAACUACCUUCGGAUGCUAGGUAGCAACAAAUACAAAUACAAAAGAAAACGGACGUUUGUGAGGCUUGGAACUAGCGCAGUCAGAAAAAAUCGCAUACCCCCGUGAUUGCUUCUCGUCCGCCUUCAACGCAAAAUUCGAAAAUUUCCGUCGGAGCAAGAACGCUGAGUUUGAAAGGUAAGAACUAAUUGUUUUUGGUGUAAUCGUUUCGAAUUGAGAUCUUUCUGGCUCAGCAAAGCCGCAAUUCACCUCUUCGAACUAAAAAUAGGCCAUUUUACCAAGUUUUCUUUUGUAUUUCAGCCUUAUCAAUUCGACCUAUUUCUGAUGGAAAAUGGAAACUUAAGUGACACCAAAAGACAUGGAAAGCCGGUGUCAUAUGCGUUUCGGUAACCUUAUGCAUUUCGGUCCGGGUACACAAACGCAUGGCAAUUUUGGUUAUGCAAAAAGGUACCCAAGCACUUAAACAAUAGGUAACCAAAACGAAUGGUAGAAUUUAGCAUGCAUUUUGGUCCGGGUACACAAACGCAUGGCAAUUUUGGUUAUGCAAAAACGUACGCAAGCACUUAAACAAUAGGUAACCAAAACGAAUGGUAGAAUUUAGCAUGCAUUUCGGUUCGGGUACACAAACGCAUGGCAAUUUUGGUUAUGCAAAAACGUACCCAAGCACUUAAACAAUAGGUAACCAAAACGAAUGGUAGAAUUUAGCAAGCAUUUCAGUCCAGGUACACAAACGUAUGGCAAUUUUGGUUAUGCAAAAAGGUACCCAAGCACUUAAACAAUAGGUAACCAAAACGAAUGGUAGAAUUUAACAUGCAUUUUGGUCCGGGUACACAAACGCAUGGCAAUUUUGGUUAUGGAAAAAGGUACCCAAGCACUUAAAGAAGAGGUAACCAAAACGAAUGGUAGAAUUUAGCAUGCAUUACGAUCCGGGUACACAAACGCAUGGCAAUUUUGGUUAUGCAAAAACGUACCAAAGCACUUAAAGAAGAGGCAACCAAAACGAAUGGUGGAAUUGGGCCUUUCUCUUUGAACUGCACUAAACUAAAAAAAACUAAUUUGUUUACGAAAAAGCUUAGUUGCAGACAUAAAUUCAAUUUGACGCAUGAACCCAGGUCAUAAUAAAAGGAUAGUGAAGAAAAUCUAGAAAAACUCUAUUCAAAAGGUAGUAAAUAUGUGAUUUAUAAAACAUCAGCAGGUAAUAUGAAAAAUUAAAAAGUAAACUCAGAUUUUAAUUAAAACUCCACCACGUGAAAACUGUUGAAUAUCUGAUGGCAGAAGUUCAUCUUUCACAAUGGAAAGAUCGAUCUCGGAUCCUGUCACCGAAAUAUCGAUCGAGUGUAAGCAACUUUGUUUGACACAAUAAAAAUAAUUUUGUGCACCUUGGUGCCAUUUACCAUCGCGCUUGAGAUAGAAUGGUUUGGAGCUGUAGUGUCCGAUCAGAAAUCUUUGCAUUGCUUGCUGCUUUUCCUUGAAGGGGGCCCUGCAUGCUUCACACCUUUUGGCUCUUGUUUUUUGGCCAACCUUCAUAAUCAAAUAUCUAUAUUUGAUUUUAAUUUUUGAAGCUUUGGGUGUUGCUAGGACUUGUUGUGGAGAUCCUGGAGGACUCGGAUUUUUGAUUGCUUUUGCUACUGCAUGCACGAGCUCCGAAAUGCAAACAGCGCACUCGAAAUCUUCGUUGUCUUGGAGUUUCGUCUCUCCUUUGCACUUAGCAUGGAUCCAUCUUGGGCAUGACAUACAUUGUAGCUAGAAAAAAAAAGCAAGUUUCUCGUUCUAAUUUGUUUUCUGAUUUUUACAAAAAUUUAUUAUGUGACGAAUGAAUACUUGUAGUUAACUUUUGGUGGUCAAAAUAGAUAGACGAUCAAAAAUGGACUUUUUCCCGUUAUUGUAUCGUCGGGUAAGUACAGAUGUAGAAAAUUCCUGUAUUUAACUGUAUUAUAUAAUUCUUUUGUUGAAUUGAUAGCCUUGAAGUUUAAAAAAAAUUAAAGAAAAUUGCCCAGUCAAGUACUUACUGUAACAGCAUCACCUUCAUAAAAAGAGCAAACGCUGCACCAUCCAUUUUCUCUGCCAUCUGCAGUAUGAAAAAAAAGGGUUGUGAAAAUUCUUUACAUGAAGAUCCAUUUGAAAAGCAGUCCGCUGGUCUGAAAGGGCUACAGUUUUAAAUGAAAAUGCAAAUUUUCAAACUAAAGCAACAAUUACAAAGCUAUACAAAGUAUUAUGCACAUGUUCAAACAUUUGCUGAUGUAGAAUAACUGUAUGGAAAAAAUCUUCAACGUUUUCACUUUCAUAUAUUUUUGCAAUUAAGUGAGAAAUAUCUCACCUGACGAUGCAACAAGUAAUUCUGCGAUUUCUUUACGGUAUCUCUCCAAGUCCGCAGUUUUAUUUGCAAUGUUUGCGUGCCCUUUAGCAAUACACCUUUCCCGAAUUCCAUUAGCCUUGCAUCCCAGUCACCUGGAAUCGAGGACAAGCUUGACAAAAUUUGUUUGUAGCGGAAAUCAUGGAUGUCGACAAUACUUCUUCGGCCAAGUUUCCUUGUAAAAACGUCGAAAAAGUUGCAGAAUCUCAGGUAGAAUCUAAUGUAAAUAUCGUUUGGGGGAAAAGCUUGAAGGAAAUGCCACUUUUCUCUAUCAAGGAGAUAGAGAUCCAUAGAAAAUCUAGUGGUAAAGGCAGCGCAAUUAUCAAAACUUUGGACCGUGGUAGAAAAUUCAAAGAGGAGAGGUAUCUGUCGGCUGAUAGUGUUUUCACCACUGUUUCUGAAAACCACUUUAAUGUCAAAGCGAAAUGUAAGGCUAGCAUGAAAAAAGAAAUUCGUAGAGUUGAAGUUUCGCUGGACCGGGAAACUGGCCUAGUUGUUUCAUCAAAGUGCUCUUGUCCUGCCGGAAAGAGCGGAUAUUGCAACUACGUUAUGGCCUUAGGGCUGAUUUAUACGUCGCGCUUAUCUCGCACCAAAUCUAAUAUAAUUAGAACUGACGAAAGCGCGAGUUUGGCGCGACAAAGGAGUUUGAUUUUGAUUUAGACGAUGAACUUUCGUCGUGCCAAUAGCAAAAUACACUUCUGCGAGUUGCCAGCCACAGGGAACCAAUAAACUGAAAACACUCGAAGCAAAGACAAAUCACGUAUGGCGCCCUUCACGCAUCUAAAGAAAGUGCUUCUUCUGAAGUCGCUUAUUGGAGCCAGGAGAAGACGACAGAAUAUGCAAGCAAUGAUGAUUAAUUUGAUGAACAGAAGACGGUGUAGGCUUUUGCAGAUUCUUUUUUUGCUACAGUUGAUUCUUACUGGUUUACAACAAGCAGUUGCAGUGCCUAUUAGGCCUAGGAUAAGAUCAUGCCGUAGGUUGCAGCGAAACACUGGUUGGUGGAACCUCGUUUGGACAGUAUAUUCCGAGAAAAGGUUUAAAAAGACAUUUAGAAUGACUAGGCAAACAUUUUCCUUAAUUCAUGAUAGAAUCAAGGAUGAUUUAACGAAGGAGAGCGUCACAGAAGAACCAAUUCCAUCCCAGAUGAGACUAGCAAUUUGCUUGUAUCGACUCAGUAGAGGAGACUACUACAAUACCAUUUCAGAGCUAGCUGGUGUCGGUGAAACAACUGUGUGCAACAUAGUGAGAGAGGUAGCUAAGGCAAUCAUUGAAAAUUUAUGGGAAGAAUUUGUUGAGGCCAAAUUUCCACAUAGCAAGGACACGCUGAAUGAGAAAAUGAAAGAAAUGGAACAAGAAUGGCAGUUUCCUUUUGCAUAUUCUGCAAUUGAUGGGUGUCACAUACCAAUUAAGUGCCCACCUGGUGGCCAAGAGUCAUGUAAAGAAUUUCAUAAUUUUAAGAAUUUCUACUCAAUCGUUCUAAUGGGAAUGGUAGAUGCCAAAUAUCGAUUUAUAUGGGCAAGUGCUGGUUGGCCUGGCAAUUCACAUGAUGCCAUAAUCUUUCAAGCAACAAACCUUUAUACCAAACUAGCUGAAGGUACAGCCUUUCCACCUAUUGCCCAUCAUGAGAAUGGCGUCAGUAUUCCACCUUUAAUCCUGGGAGAUUCUGCCUUCCCCUUCAAGCCUUGGCUGCUGAAGCCUUACACAAAUGCUACACUGAUGCCGGAGCAGAGCUAUUUCAAUUAUAGGUUGAGUCGUGCACGCAUGGUAACAGAGUGUGCAUAUGGACAACUGAAAGGUCGAUGGAGAGUCUUGCUCAGGAAGUCUGAGAAUGAUAAGGAAACAGUACGUGCAGUUACACUAGCUUGUGUAGUACUACAUAACAUUUGCAUCGAACAAGGAGAUUUGGCUCAAAGGCAAUGGGACCUCUCCAAAGAUUCAGCAUCAAAUCAAAGACGUACACAAGAAGAAUUCCAAGACCUUCUUAUGAUAAGGCAAUCAAACCUCUAAGAGAUA